AUGAGUCACGUGGACCUCGAUCGAGUGAACAUGUCGACCGCUGAUGCCUGUCUAAUUUUAGCGAACAGUCGAGCAGUAGAUCCGGCCCAGGAGGAUGCUGCCAACAUUAUGCGUGUGGUUGCCGUGAAGAAUUACGCUAGCAACGUUCGUGUCAUCGUUCAAUUACUGCAACAAUGCAACAAGUCCCAUCUCUUAAAUAUCCCUACGUGGAACUGGCACGCGGGAGAUGAGAUCGUCUGUUUCUCCGAGCUCAAGCUCGGUUUUUUGGCACAAAGCUGCCUUGCACCAGGAUUCUCCACCCUCCUCACCAACCUCUUCUCAAUGCGCUCCCUCCACGCGAAUGCAGAGGCUAUGGCUGCAGCCAAUGCUCCCUGGCUGAGAGAAUACCUUCAUGGCGUGAGUAUGGAGCUCUACUCGGCGGAUUUCUCCUCCGCAUUUGAUGGGAUGACCUUUGCAGAAGCAGCCAAGGUGUGUAUGCAGCGGUUGGAGUUGAUGUUGAUUGCAAUUUUGGUACAAAGUGCUGAAGAGGAGGGAGAUGGGAGCACUGAACACUACCCCUACUUAGUGAUUAACCCACCCUCGACUCCACAUUCAAUUAUUCAUAAGGGAACAAUUGGAUUCUUCAUUUGUGAUUCACAGGAGAUUGCCAGUCGUGUCACAAACUACUGCCUGCGAUGUCACAAUGACGCCACGACUGUUGACCGAAUUCGCAAAUGUGGCUGCAAGACCCAGGGCUUUCGAGAGCGAAUUCGGAACUUGCGGGACCGAAUCUCGGCCGAAAUCGGGGAUAGUAGUCGGACCAGUAGCCGAAUGGCGCCGACCUCUCCUGCGUCGUUCAAUCAGUCGGCUUUCAAACUCUUUCAACAAUCUGCUACGACACCUCUGUCACCGUUGGAAGUAUCAGAGGUGGUCGAAAAGUCGAUUAAGGGAGAAAACGGUGCAAAUAAAAUUGAUAUUACUGGCGUCUACUACUGGUGUCCAAAGCGAUAUCUAAGUUGCGCAAUCCUUCCAAACAACCACAACGUGGAGAGUGAGAUUUCCGAAGUUGAAGCCAGCAAGUACCUUCGAAACCACAUCCUCGUCUGCCUCCUAGUUGGUGAAAAGGCUCCCCGUCUUGGCCUUCGAUCCUUCGUCCUUCCUCUGCGCGCCAGCAACAUUCCAGCCCAUGAACUGCGUCCCAUAAUCUUUCUCACCUCGCAUGAGUACAUUGCCGAGGAGUGGAGGGAGAUGGAGAACUUUCCGGAUAUCUACUUCCUCCCCGGUUCCCCUUUGAAUCGUCGCGAUCUCUGGGCUGCGCGUAUUCAACUCUGCUCUGUCUGUGUAGUUAUCGGUGUUUCGGAAAACAAUCAGGUGGAUGACCCUUACCUACUAGAUAAGGAGGCUAUUCUCUGCUCCCUGAACAUCCGCGCUCUGAAGAUCCCUCCAUCACUUCGACAGUCAGUAAGCGAGGAAAUUGCAGCAAGGUCUAGUGGAGCGGAAAUUCCUCUUCUCACCUCUCUCUGCAUGGACUCGAAUAUCCACUUCCUGGAUCCUGAUGACUUCGAGACUGGAAACGCGGAUAUUGACAUCUUCUUGACCAUGCCGUUCGCGAGAGGUCUGGCUUUCACCGGCUCGGUGUUGGAUGCACUCGUCUCCACUGCGUACUUCGACAGGAAUGCUAUGACGUUGAUUCGAUAUCUUGUUACUGGAGGAACCACACCAGUGCUGGAACAGUGGGCGGCAUAUGGCGGUGACUUCUACGAUAAUUUACAGAUCACUGAUACGGGAGAGGCUCAAGUGAAUGAGUUCCUAGCAACCUUACGACGCAACAACACGAAACGUCCAACUAUUGCCCAAUUAAGUUUCAACGACCCAAGACUGGCACACAUUUUGGAGAAUCAUAGCAACGAUGCCGGAGGAAUCACUUUUGGUAGUCUCUUUUGUCGAGCUUUGGAAGAACACGGGAUCCUCUGUUUGGGUCUCUUUCGUCUAAACACCUCAAGUUCAACACUUCGACGUGUGGGGACAAGUAGCUGCUCGUUGCAAAGACAAGGCUCGUCAGUUAGACGCGCAAGUGCUUGCAGUCCCCCUGAACCAGUGAAAAUGCGGAUUCUCUUCGAGGAGCGCCUGGACACGAAACCGCCGACAGAGACUAAAAAGCUCGUGGAUAGAAUGAACUUGCCGCUAGGACCGCAUUCAGCAAACAACCGAUUUGUCAUCACCAGUCCUCCCUACAGCUUCCCGGUGCAUACUAGUGACUUGGUCUUCUGCCUCAUCCCCUGUCUGUAA